AAUGGGCAUCAUGCGGCCACCAUGCAUAGUGGGUGACAUCAUCAGAGUGCGCGCUGGUUUGAGAGAGGAGGUGGCGGAUGCCUCUUCGAAAACAUCAGGAGCUCGUCGUCUCUUUACGACCUGGUUUUCCUCUCAUACUGCUAAAAGGCAGCUGUUGGGAUGCCAAAGAAGUUCCAGGGCGAGAACUCCAAGGCUGCUACUGCCAAAGCCCGCAAGGCUGAGGCCAAGGCGGUGGCAGAUGCCCGGAAGAAGCAGGAAGAGGAGGAUGCCCUGUGGCAGGAAACGGACAAGCAUGUGCUCAAAAAGGGGCAGAGAAAGGAUGACAAGGAGAAGAAGAGACUGGAACUCCUCGAGAGGAAAAAAGAAAACCAGCGACUUCUGGAUGAGGAGGCUGCCAGGCUGAAGGGCAAAUCCCAGAAGGAGGCGGCGGCAGGAAAAGUGACUCGUGCCCAGAUCGAGGAGACGCUUCUGAACGAGCAGCAGCAGCAGGAGCAACAGCCCAAGCCGAAAGAAAAGAGUCACCUGGAUACACCACUGGAGGAGAACGUGAACAGAAUCAUCCCUGAAGAAGGAACCGUGGAAGCCAGAACAAUAGAAGACGCCAUCGCUGUACUCAGCACGGGGCCCGAGGACAUGGAUCGCCACCCGGAGCGGAGGAUGAAAGCGGCAUUUGCUGCUUACGAGGAGGAAAACAUGCCUCGCCUAAAAAAGGAGAACCCCAACAUGAGAUUGUCGCAGCUGAAGCAAAUGCUGAAGAAGGAGUGGGUCAAGGCGCCGGAGAACCCCCUCAACCAACGCUUUUCUUCCUACAACUCAAAGUGAACGCACUCUUUCCCCCCCGUAACUCCACAUGCAAACUGCCUAUGCACAUUGGAGACUUCCACUGGAAAAACAGAAUCAUUAGAUCGAGUGUUGCUGACGAGAGCUUCAUCACUGCUCACCCAGAAACAAUCUCUUCGAUCCCAGAGGGACGCGACUGUCUUGUUGCACUGAGAAGAGAAACUCAUUUUCACCUAUCAAAUUAACUCAUCAUCAUGAUCAUAAUGUUUGUGCACGUCGCCUCUCAUCUCAAUAUCUGAUCAAUGUAACUGACCUUUUUUAUUUUCUAGCACUUCUGGGGAGACGGAAAGUCAGAUGUUUUGAAAGUAACUUAUUAAUUAAAUUUCACAGCUCACUCAUCAACAUCUUUUUUUUUAUCUUUUCUCUUUUUAAAUGAAGUCCAUUUUGUUAGGAGGCACAUAAAGCAAAUCACAUGUUCUUUUUUUAUUUAUUUUUUUUUUUUCCCCUGCGAUGCAAUGUGUAACCAUAAACGUUACAGUGGAGUUACA